AUGGGAAAGCGGAAAUUUCAUUUUACUUUUGAUGAUGAAACAGAGUUGGUGGAAGAGUACGAUGCGAAGUCACACUGCUUAUUAGCUCGAAAGUGGAAGCGGAGAACUCCACUGGGUGGCGAGAGUAGAUGGGAAUACGAAGUCGGUGAACCGCCGAUACAAUUCAGUGUCGCGGACGAGAUCACAGAGUCCAAUACAAACCCCCGCUUCAGCCGAAUGGACACCAUAAAGGCGUUUCAGUGGCGUAUUCGGAACUUACCGUAUCCACUGGACACAUAUUCCAUCAAAUUAGCUGACAAUGGACAAACUUUGGAGUUGAAAACACGUAAUAACAAAUAUUACAAGAAGUUUGAUAUACCCGAUAUGAAAAGAUUAAAUCUUCCGUUGUCGCAGGAAGCAAUCUCAAUGAGUCACGCGAACAACACACUUCUCAUAUCGUAUGCAAAAUCGAAUGAGGUGCUAGCAUACGAAAAGCUCUUGAAGGAUCAUUUGUCCACUGUAAAAUCGAUAGACCAGGAUCAGGGGGAUUGCAAGACAAGCUGACUUCGCUCCUUUUCCGCUAGUCUAACUGGUGAUUCUUCCUUGGUCUACUUCUGUUUCACUGAUUUGUACAUAAAAACUGCCUUAUUGCUGAAGA